AUGACAUCCAUCAGUUUGGAAUUCAUUCAAGAUCUGCUGAAAAAAGAUUAUCCCGAUGUCAAGAUACAAGAAAUGGAGGGAGCUCCGGGUUCAAAGAGAGGUGAUAAUUACACUUCGAUGGUGUACCGAAUAACAUUAAAAGGAGUCCGUCAGCGGACGGACCAAGACGAGAAGACUGAGAUAUACGAGGCGUGGGAGGGAUCCAUCAUGUACAAGUGUCUGCCGGAGAGUAUUCUACGGAGGGAGGCCUUCAAAAGUGACGAGCUGUUCUGUAAUGAGGUAGCGUUCUACAAUAAAAUAUGGCCCGCCUUCACGAACUUCCAGAGCCAGUGGGAGAAAGUCACCGACCCCUUGGACUGUAUACCCAAAUGUUACUGGGCCCAAAAUGAUAUGGUCAUUUUGGAAGACCUGAAACUGUUGGGUUAUGCGAUGCCUGAUCGAAGGAAGGGUCUCACCAUUGAUCAGUGUUACUACGUGUUGAAACAACUGUCGCACUUCCACGCUCUGUCACUCGCUAUGAAAUAUUACGACCCGGAAGGAUUUUACGAUCUCGUCAAUAUACAAGACGGCAUAUCGGAAGUAUUCUUUUUGCCGGAAAAUGAGGAGUACUACAGGAAUUACUAUAAGGAGGCCAUCAGGAACGCGAUUUCUAUGGUGGAGGAGGAACUGAAGGACUCGCCUGACAGAGACAAGUACCUGGAGCCGUUCAAGAGGUUCUGUAGCGAGGAGACGUUCUUUCAGUCGAUGGUGGAGCUGGUCGCGCCCAGGGAGCCGCUGGCUGUCAUCUGCCACGGAGACUGCUGGACUAAUAACUUCUUGUUUAAAGUAGAAAAUGGACAAAUUGAAGGGAUGUAUAUAGUUGACUUCCAGCUCGCUCGUUACGCGUCUCCAGGUCUAGACCUGGCCCUCCUCCUAUACCUCUGUCUGGAGAGGUCCCAGAGGUCUCAGCAUCUCUCAGACCUCCUGCGAUACUACAGCGACAACCUUCACUCCACUCUCACUCUCAUGAACGGGGACACCUUGGACAAGGAGACGCUGUUCGAUAUGGUCCAGCAGGAGUUUCGUAGCAGCAGUCGGUUCGGUCUGGGUCUGGCGCUGGACAUGUGUCCCAUCAUGACCUGCGACUCCGACGAGGCUCCCAACCUCUACCAGGCCAAGGUCUCACAGAAUACACUGUACUUAUAG